AUGAUCCCAAAGAUCCUUCUCACUUACGUUUUGCUGGAAUGCUGUAAUGGACAAAUACUAUCGAAUUUGUUUCCAUCAUUCUUAGAAACUACAGCAGACUUGGAACAUGAACUCGCAAAGACUCCACACGUGGUUAAAGCUUCAACAACACAAUCAAAUGCUCUGACAGUUUCACGACUCACUGUAACCAAACCUCCUGCCAAACUGGCCAGCAUCCUCGGUUCAUUAGAACUGCCAUCUUACACCAACCAUCUGAGUAACGCGCAGGUUGCUGACGAGUUCCUCGCUACCUACAACAGUGGAUUGAAAAAUGAAGACGUGCACUUUAACUUUGAACAACUCGUCACCAAAUAUGGUCGUGAUUACGAACUGCAUGAAGUAAUAACUAAAGAUGGCUACGUGUUGUCGUUGUACCGGUUGCUUGGUUCUAGAGAUCCUGUGUUCCUAAUGCACGGAUUACUCGGCAGUGCUGAUGACUUCAUCAUAGCUGGCCCUGAAGAUGGACUUGCUUAUUUACUAGCACAACAGGAUUACGAUGUAUGGCUGGGUAACGCUCGCGGAAACAAAGUGUCCCGAGCACAUAUUAGUCUUUCUCCAUCUGAUGCAGCGUUUUGGGACUUCUCUUGGCAUGAAAUUGGUGUUUAUGACCUUCCAACGAUGAUAGACUAUAUCCUGGAAAAUACAAAUAAAACCUCUUUGAAGUAUGUUGGACAUUCCCAAGGUACGACAGCAUUUUUCGUGAUGGCAUCCGAAAAACCGGAAUACAAUAAGAAAGUGUCUCUGAUGGCGGCGUUAUCGCCUGUGGCGUUUAUGACCAAAGUCCGUUCGCCAAUGAUCCGUCUUAUGGCACCUGGAACUUCGCUUUUACAGGCAGUGUCAAAGAGUGCUGGUCAAAACGAGUUUUUACCUGAUGGAAAGCUGACCAGAUUGUUGAAGAAGCUGAUCUGUGGUUCAGGUAUGCUGGCGAAUAUUAUUUGUGGUAAUUUGAUGUUCCUGUCGUAUGGUUUUGAUUUUGCGCAGUUUAAUAUAAGCAAUUUGCCGGUGAUUUUUUCACACAUGCCUUCUGGGGCAUCUAUGAAGCAGCUAGUCCAUUACGGCCAGGGUUUGAUAAAUGAAGAUUUUCGCCAUUUUGACUACGGCAGCAUGGAGAAUUCCGAGAGAUAUGGCACAAUGUUAGCUCCUAGUUACAAUUUGGAAAAUAUCAAAACUCCGAUUUGGAUGUUCUGUGCCGAAUCUGAUUGGUUGGCAGAUCCUGUCGAUGUUGAGAUCCUAAGAAGUAAACUGAAGAAUGUGAUAGAUAUUUAUAAAAUACAAAACAAGGAGUUUAAUCAUAUAGAUUUUGUAAUUGCCAAAGAUGUGGCGAAAUUAGUUUAUAGAAUGGUACUCAAAGUAUUGUCAUCGUUUUGA